AUGGCCAAAUCAGUAAAAGAAUUCGGUAAAGCAUGGUGGACCGAGGUGUAUAAUCGUAUUAUUGGAGCUGCUGUUUUUAUUGACGACUACAGUUCUGAAUGUUUGCACUGGGAUGGAGGUCUAUUCAACCUUCUAAAUAAUGGUGCUGUGGCUGUUAAAAGUCUAUCACCAUUCGAAAUUUGUGACAAAAACCAUCAUAAGGCUGUAUUCAUAACUCAAACUACACACACACAGCUACAAACCAUAAAAGAGAUAAUAAGUAAGAGUGAGUUGAUGCACUGCAUCCUAAUAUCAUGUGCCAGUUUAGAUGUUGUUUACUUGGAAUUGAACAAAGAUAAGGAUGUUUUGGAUGUGGUUUCAUCUGGGAGGGCUCCAGCGGAAGCUACUAAGCAGCUGGAAGGAAUGCUUUCUGAUUGGAUCGGUAAACAGCCAAAUGCUGUAGAAGUUGUGCACAUACCGAUAUUCACCAUAUCUCCAACAAAUGUUAUUUUCAUAACUCCACCGUACCACAAUAUAAAUCUGAAGUUUAAUAACAAACUGUUACCAGAGACAACAUCAAUAGAUCUAUACUCUUUGACUAAUGAUGAAAGAUCAAUGUUAAGGAGGUUGGCUGGAAGCCUGAAUUCCAUGUUUGAUUCCAUGAAUUAUAAGGAAGAUGUUUACUAUAUGGGGCAUUAUAGUUCACUGCUUGGUGGAGUUUUGGAGAAUUCUCCAGUUUGUACAGCGAGAAGAAAGAACUGCUCGAUAGCAGUGUCAUUGAUCAUAGUGGAUCGAACAUUAGAUCUAUGUGGAGUAACAAGCCACUCAGCCGAGUCUGUACUGGACAAAAUGAUGGGUGUCCUACCCAAAUUUCCUGGACAGUGCAACGAAUUAGCUGUGAAUAUGUCGCCACUUUGCGCAGCAACGGUCUACAAUCAUCCUGAUGAUAUCCAACUGAGUCCUGGAUGUCUCUUCCAUGGUAACGAUGAGUCGUGCCUUCAGACCUACGACUAUAUGAUCAAUAAAUCACAGAAGGAAGUGAUGUUCGACCUUUAUAAUAAAUUAUCUAAAAUCGAUGUGCAAAAGUCACCAGGACCUAAGACAUUACUGAAAGUCACUCCGCAGAGUGUGGAGAAGAUUAUUAAUGCUUCUAAAGGUAAUUAUGACGUUAUAACGAAGCAUAUAGGAAUUCUACAACAAGCACUUGGCGUGGUGCAAAUGUUGAAGUCUCCAAAAAGGGCUCAGAUGGAUUUGCUCAUGAGCUUGGAGAAGCAGGUGCUGGAAAACCUUGCUGCCAGCAGGGAGUCUACGAGUGUUUUGCACCAAUUGGGACACCUUAUCAAAACAAGAAAGGACCGCGGUAUGUCCUUAGAUAAUCUACUUGCAUUAUUGGUUCACGUGUAUUCCCUUGCUGGGAAUGAAGUGGUAUUUAGUUCACAACAUGAGGAGCAGUUGCACCAGAUUCUAACUGUUGCCAUAUUUGAAGACCACAAAAGUGUCUUUCGAGAUGGACGCAUGGUAACACCGGAGGAGUGUGAGACUAUAUCGAGGAAUGCUUUAGAGCUCCUGAAGGAAGUCUCCCAAAUGAGGAAACAGUUGCCAAGAUACAAUUCAGUGUUGAAGCCUUGCGAGAGCGGCAUAGGCCACGAAUAUCGCGGAGUUCUGCAACAGCUGGUCGAUGACUUGGUUAACACAGAGCGACCAGAUAUACCUGACCUGGUGCAUAAGAAUGAAGGGAUCAAGGACUUGCUUAGGAGUGGUUUGAACAUACUAACAAGCAAGAAAAGCAAAAUGAAACAUCCAAUGGACAAUCAGACUGUAAUAAUAUUCGUGAUUGGAGGAAUAACAGCCGAUGAAUGCAAACAGCUCCACCGUAGUGUCAUCACCAGCGGUAUUGAUAACAACGUCCUGAUCGGUUCCACCAAGUUUGUCACCCCGAUUGAGGCUAUGAGGGAUGUGCUGAUGUUAUAG